AUGCCAUUCAGCCAGCUGAUCGACUGGGAGCGAAUAGUGGUGCGGAUAGACGAAAACCUGCUGAGGAGUAGAACGGCGGAAGCCGCAAGAACAGUCCUGGACCGGCUUCGUCAAGCGUGGUUGCGUGACGGAGGGUCGUGGCCUCCGACAGAGCGCGUGACGGCGGCGACUGACAGUACCGGCGCGUCGUUUCUGCGAGUAGAGUAUGUCUUGCCAGAGGCCGUGCAGCGCAAGCAGGCAGAGAUUUGCAGAGUUUACAGGAAGUACUUUUCUGGGGAGACGCAACCGCAGCUGCUUAAUGGUCAUCAAGCUCACGGGUACAGCGAGGAGGACGCUGCGACUACGCCGCGUCCGCCUGGGCAAUCGGGAUGCAUGUACACGAAGGUGACGUCGCUGCUUAAGAGCCUACGACGCGUGAUCGCCGACACAGCGAAGACGCCGUCCCCAAUUUCGCGCAUGCUACUUGACGAACACGCGGACGAAAGCAAGCCAAUUCCGUUGUACGACGAUCGCAGAUGAAGAGCCAUGUCGAAGGAGAAGACAGAGACGACGUGUGGUCGUUUGCAGGAAGAGCAUAAUUGCGGAUGUUAAUGACAGUAUCUGAUGAAAUUGAAAAUCAUGUUGAUUAUGAAAAUGUCGAAACUGUGAGAAGAGCAACCAAUAACAUUUCUGGUCCGCGUAAAGGCAGAAUGAAAAACUCAGGCAGAAUUGUGUUCCACAUGAUAUCCGUCUAAGAUCUGUAGCACCUUUUCCGAACAAGAUAUAAGUCGAGGCCCUUGGUCUAAAACUGGUUUCUGGUCCGCGUAAAUGAG